UUAAUUUUGUUUCUUUUAGUGACAAUGCUGUCAUUACAGAUUUUGUAGUGGUAGUGCUUAUACGAUUUUUACGCAUGCUCCAUUGUGGUAGAUCUUUUAUUCCUUGUUUAGAAAGAUGGCAGACAACACACUUUAUGAUAUUUUAGGUGUGCCCAGAAACGCACCAGCAAACGACAUUAAAAAGCAAUAUAGGAAGCUAGCGAAAGAAUUUCAUCCAGACAAAAACCCAGCUGCCGGCGACAAAUUCAAAGAAAUUAGCUAUGCCUACGAAGUCUUGUCAGAUCCAAAAAAGAGGUCCCUGUAUGACAGAGUGGGCCUCAAAGGUAUGCAAGAGGGUGCUCACGAUGGAUUUGGUGGAGACGAUCUACUUUCACACUUAUUCGGCGGUGGUUUAUUUGGAGGAUUCGGUGGAGGGGGGCCGCGGAGGAGACUAAGAGGUGAAGACACAGUGCAUCCCCUAAAAGUAUCCCUGGAAGACAUGUAUAAUGGAAAAACAUCAAAACUACAGUUAAGUAAGAACGUGAUCUGUAAUACUUGCAGUGGUAAAGGUAGUAAAAGCGGAAACACCGAGAAGUGCAGCACUUGUAAUGGUUGUGGAUUAAAAGUAACGUAUAGACAAGUGGUUCCAGGAAUGGCACAACAAACUCAAACACGCUGUCCAGACUGUCAUGGUGAAGGUGAAAUAAUCAAGGAAAAAGAUAGAUGCUCUAGUUGCAAGGGCAAAAAAGUAUGUAACGAGACUAAAAUACUAGAGGUUCAUGUUGAUAAAGGCAUGAAAGAAAACCAAAAAAUUUUCUUCAGAGGUGAAGGCGACCAACAGCCAGAUGUAGAACCUGGAGAUGUAGUGAUUAUUUUGCAGCAGAAACCCCACGAAAGAUUCCAAAGAAAUGGUGAUGAUCUACAUGUUAAACAUAAUAUUUCCUUAACAGAAGCACUUUGUGGCUUUUCCUUUGUGAUUCAUCAUCUAGAUGGAAGAGAUAUUCUUGUAAGACAACCUCCAGGAGAAGUUAUUAAACCAGGUGGUGUAAAGUGUGUAAGAGGUGAAGGUAUGCCCCAUUACAAAAACCCAUUCGAAAAAGGUAACAUGUAUAUAUCAUUCGAUGUUAAGUUUCCCGAAAAUCAUUUCACUAGUGAGAAUAAUCUAAAAGCAUUAGAAACUCUUUUACCCCCUAGAUCUUUAUUCACAAUGCCUGUAGGAGAACAUGUAGAAGAAGUUGAUUUACAAGAAGUUGAUCCAACUGAUAAAGGCCAUUCGUCUCGAGGUGAAGCUUACGCUAGUGAUGAUGAAGAACAAUCACAUGGGCCAGGUUUACAAUGUGCACAUCAAUAGAAUAUUACUUUUUAGUUAUUGCAAAUCUGUAUGUUGUUCUGCGCUUCUUUCUGACAAAGGAUAUUGUAUUGAAAUUGAUUCCGUAGAAAAAUGAGUUUUUAUUUAAUAUUAUUUUGUAAUUUACAUAAAGAUGGCAACUUCAGACUGUAGUGUAGAAGGUACCAUUAUUGUUUUUCAUCAUUUGCUCUUAUUUAUUGCAUUGUAUACUUCUGUUACUCAUAUUUCUACAUAGAUGAAAUAAUACAAAUUAUUUUAACAUAA